CCCCAGAUGCCAGGGAGCCUCUCCACGGCCCUGCGUGUCGUGGGGACCAGCCUCUUCGCCGUGGCGGUGCUGGGGGGAAUCCUGGCCGCCUACGUCACAGGGUACCAGUUCAUCCACACGGAGAAGCACUACCUCUCCUUCGGGCUCUACGGGGCCAUCCUGGGGCUGCACCUCUUCAUCCAGAGCCUCUUCGCCUUCCUGGAGCACCGGCGCAUGCGGCGCGAGGGGCAGCCGGUGCGGCCGGGCCGCUCGGUGGCCCUCUGCAUCGCCGCCUUCCAGGAGGAUCCCGACUACCUGACGAAGUGCCUGCGCUCCGUCAAGCGCAUCGCCUUCCCUGACCUCAAAGUGGUGAUGGUGGUGGACGGGAAUGGCCCCGACGACACCUACAUGCUGGACAUCUUCCACGACGUGAUGGGCUCCGAGCACUCCGGCAGCUACAUCUGGAGGAGCAACUUCCACGCGUGGGGCGAGGGGGAGACGGAGGCCGGGCUGCGGGAAGGGCUGGCCCGCGUCCAGGCACUGGUCCGCAGCAACACCUACUCCUGCAUCCUCCAGAAGUGGGGCGGGAAGCGGGAGGUGAUGUACACGGCCUUCCGGGCGCUCGGAGACUCCGUGGACUAUAUCCAGGUGUGUGACUCAGACACGGUGCUGGACCCCGCCUGCACCGCCGAGAUGCUCCGCAUCCUGGAGGCCGACCCCCACGUCGGCGGCGUCGGCGGCGAUGUCCAGAUCCUGAACAAGUACGACUCGUGGCUCUCCUUCCUGAGCAGCGUGCGGUACUGGAUGGCCUUCAACGUGGAGCGCGCGUGCCAGUCGUACUUCGGCUGCGUGCAGUGCAUCAGCGGCCCCCUGGGCAUGUACCGCAACGCGCUGCUGCAGCAGUUCCUCGAGGACUGGUACCACCAGACCUUCCUGGGCAGCAAGUGCAGCUUCGGGGACGACCGGCACCUCACCAACCGCGUGCUCAGCCUGGGCUACCGGACCAAGUACACGGCUCGCUCCAAGUGCCUGACGGAGACGCCCACGCGGUACCUGCGCUGGCUCAACCAGCAGACCCGCUGGAGCAAGUCCUACUUCCGCGAGUGGCUCUACAACGCGCUCUGGUUCCACAAGCAUCACCUCUGGAUGACCUACGAGUCGGUGGUCACCGGCUUCUUCCCCUUCUUCCUCAUCGCCACCGUCAUCCAGCUCUUCUACCGCGGCCGUGUCUGGAACAUCCUGCUGUUCCUGCUGACGGUGCAGCUGGUGGGUGUCAUCAAGGCCACCUACGCCUGCUUCCUGCGUGGCAAUGCCGAGAUGAUCUUCAUGUCCCUCUAUGCGCUCCUCUACAUGUCCAGCCUGCUGCCCGCCAAAAUCUUCGCCAUUGCCACCAUCAACAAGUCGGGCUGGGGCACCUCGGGGCGCCGCACCAUCGUGGUGAACUUCGUGGGGCUGCUGCCAGUGUCGGUGUGGGUGGCGGUGCUGCUGGGCGGGCUGGCCUACACCGCCUACAGCCAGGACCUCUUCAGCGAGACCGAGGUGGCCUUCCUCGUCUCGGGUGCCAUCCUCUAUGCCUGCUACUGGGUGGCUCUGCUCACCCUCUACCUGGCCAUCGUUGCCCGCCGCUGCGGCAAGAGGCAGGAGCAGUGUGGGCUGGUUUUCACUGAGGUCUGACCACGGGGUGGUCCCGUGCCAGGGUCAUCCCACGUGCCAUGGCGAUCCGAUGUGUCAGGGUAAUCACCUCUGUCCCCUCCUCCCCAUCCUGGAACCACCAGGUGC